CUCCAGCCCCUGCCCAUGGGCCGCUGCCCCAGCGCUCCGCGGCUAGCGGGGGUGGAGUCGCCGGUGCCCGCUCCCCGCCUGCCGCUCCGGCCCGGCAGAGGCCGCGGGUCUGCCCGCGCUGCACGUGGGCCAUGGAGGAGAAGCUCUCGGCCGCCGCCGGGCUGCCCGGCCGCCGGGGCCACCCGGCCGUGCGCUGCCUGGGCAUCGCGGUGGACGAAGACAACGUCCGGCCCGGCGCGCUGCGGCUGAUCCGCGAGCUGAGACCGCAGUGGGCGCCGGAGCGCGUGAAAACCAAGCUCUUCACCGAUGGCAUCACCAACAAGCUCAUGGCCUGCUACAUGGACGAGGGGAUGGCGGACGCGGUCCUGGUGCGGGUCUACGGCCGGAAGACAGAGCUCUUUGUGGACAGGGAAAAUGAGCUGAAGAAUUUCCAGGUGCUGCGAGCCCAUGGCUGCGCCCCCAACCUCUACUGCACCUUCCAAAACGGCUUGUGUUAUGAGUUCAUGCAGGGGACGGCGCUGGAACCUGAGCAUGUGCGGCAGCCACAAAUCUUCAGGUUGAUAGCCUGGGAAAUGGCCAAAAUGCACGCAAUUCACGCCAACGGGAGCCUCCCCAAACCCAGCCUGUGGCACAAGAUACACAAGUACCUCACCAUCAUGAAAACUGAUCUCAUCACCAAGACAUCCAACCCCAGGUUCCGUCAGGAAGUGCCCAGUCUGGAGGUGCUAGAGCAAGAGGUCGCCUGGCUGAAGGAAUCUCUCUCCCACCUGGGCUCUCCCAUUGUGCUGUGCCAUAAUGACCUGCUGUGCAAAAACAUCAUCUACAACGAGACCGAAGGGCACGUGCGGUUCAUAGAUUACGAAUACGCUGGUUACAAUUACCAGGCUUUCGACAUUGGGAACCACUUUAAUGAAUUUGCAGGCGUGAACGAGGUGGAUUACAGCCUAUAUCCCAGCAGAGACACCCAGCUGCAGUGGCUGAGGCACUACCUGCAAGCCUACAAGCAACUGAGCCGGGAGGACCAGGGAAACGGAGGGGGAGUCAUCUCUGACCAGGAGCUGGAGACCCUCUACGUGCAAGCGAACCAGUUUGCUUUAGCCUCUCAUUUCCUUUGGGCAUGCUGGGCCCUGAUCCAGGAUAAAUAUUCCACCAUAGACUUUAACUUCUUCAGCAGACGUGAGUAAGCAAGGCCGUGGGCUUCACCCUUGAAAGGAGGUAUGCAAGGCUAAGAUUUAAACAGUACUUCAAGGCAAAGUCUGUGGUGACAGCCCUGGAGAUGCCAAAAUGACGUCUCAAGGCUGCUUCAGGUCCACAAGAUUCCCAGUUAUUUUCUCCUGCACGGGUCAGCUGCUGCCAUGACCUCAGACCUCAGUCAGCCACUGGCUAGUGGAGAGGGCAGAUAGUCUGGAGGGGGAAGGGGAAGGAAGACUUUCCGGGAAGCCAAAGAUUAAACGAAGCCCCUGGAGCACAGUUAUCCCAUCUCUGGAUUUAGCCCCAUGGUUGAUUUUGCUGAUGGUGCCAUUCCGGGGAAUGAGGACAGGCCUUGGCUGCUGGCAAGACACUGGGUUCCAAGACUGGAACAUGAGACAUUCAGGAAGGCCAUGAGCUCAGCUGGACUUAAAGAUUUCGGGACUGCCUUGCACAUUAGUAUCGCCUUAAGAUUGGAGCUGUGUUCCUUGGGCCGGGCGACCCGGCAGGUAUGUGCUUUACUGAAACAAACCGUGCUGCUGUUUGGUGUCACAUCCUCCACAGGGUAUGGGGAAUUCUGCUCGGUCAAUCCUGUCUCAGGUGGGGAUGGGGCUGACUCUGUGCCUCUCACCCCCACAACUCCCUUCUGCCCACACUGUGAGGGGCUGGCUCUAGACCCCUCCCCCUUUAUUUCUGAAUGCACACUUAGGGGUUACACAAGGCGGCUUGCACAGGUCUGCAGUCAAAGGGUCUGGAGAACCUGCUGCUAGGCCCUGCCUUGGCACAUGGGAGAAAAAGGGGGGCCUUAAUGAUAGAGGUCACAGCAGCUGGCAGUGACCCCUCCACCCUCACCACUCAGCGUUGUGUUUGCCUAAGCAUCCCGAGGAGGAGGUGAAGAUCCCGACUAUGAAGAAUGGUCCCGUGUGCCCAAAAUAAACUUCUCUUCCCAAAUAGGGCUGCUCACCUGGUGCCUUGUCCCACAGCCGGGUAUCCUGGAGACGUGGCCGAGGCUGCACGUACCCCUUCCCUCCCCCUCCCCCAUCCGGCGCACUCCUCCGGCAGCGAGGACAGCAUGUAACUUGCUAUAAAGCACAGCUGGCCCCAAGCUGCUAAGUUUAGAUGUGAACUUUCCCUGAAUUUGGGGAGCAUGUUGGGAACUGGAGUUUGCUUAGCUCAGUAGAACCAGAUCCCCGAAUCUGGCUUGGAAUCUCCCUUUAACACUACCCAGGACAUGGUAUGUUUGGGGUGGGGGUGCUGUGCAGUCAGCUUCCACUGGACCCCCCCCCCCCCUCAAAUACUUUCCUAGGUGUGUUGUUUUGCACAAGCUUUUUCUUUUGCCUCAGAUCUAUGGGGCCACACACUCUGGUCUCCUCACAGUGUUUCCACCAGCCCAGGGACUGCUGUACCCCACAGCCUCCCUGAGACAUGUAACGAGUCUGCAGGAGAAGCAGAUGGAAAAGGUACAACCCCCGCACUCUCCUUGUGACUGCUAAUUCCCCCCACACACACACACAUUCUCAGUGCCUGAGUCAUUCGUGCCCCGCACCUUUAUGCUGGCCUUGCUGGCAGAAAGGGGCCAUAAGCCCCUGGCAUGCGGGAAGAGCACAACAGGGAUCGCGUCAGCAGCAGGGGUCGCGCUGACGGAACCAAAGCAAUGGCCCUGGCUGUGCAGUGGGCCCGGAGGUCCUAGUGAGGGCACCUCUGCUUUGCCCGGGUGGCUGGGACCACCCCUGACAGCGCUAGCAUCAGGAAUGUGGAGCUCAGUGAGAGCCAAAGCGGGUAUGGCUACGGGCGCUGGGAAUUGCACCCCCAGUUCCAAGUGCUGGGGAGCUACGCGGCCAGUGCUGACCUUUGAGCCUUGUGCAGCAGCUGGGAGCACCCCGUUUAUUCUGGCAGAGGGUUAACCAGGGCAGUAUCAGAUCCUACUGCAGACCAGAGCCUACAAUGGGUGCUAUAACCCGGGGGAGAGGGUGUGCAUUGCAAAAUAGGCAUGUUUCUCCCAGUUGGAUGCCAAGCCAGCGUCCCAUGUGCUGCUUAGUGGCUGGUUUGGCAGGGGUUAACCCUGCUCCCUUCAUCGGGCCCACCGGCUGGCUGAGCACUCCAGCUGCAUUCCCACCGUCGGCUCAAGUUGUCAGGGCGGCCGCAGACUGCUGGCGUAGGGCCCGUUCAGCCUAUUGUCCCCCUGCCCUGCUCUGUCCUGCGCUUCGAUACUUGUGGUUCAAAUCUAGGCUGAUUGGUGUCUGCAAUUACCCGUGGUGUUAAACAGCUGUGCCUUCUGCCAGGAGAACGAGCGCGGAAGAACAAAUCUCGCAUCCUUACCCUGCAAGAGCCAGUAUGUCCGGUGUUGUCUCAAACGGUGAUAAUAAAACGCUGCUGUUGUCUGGA